UCCUUUUUUUCAGAAACGACGUUAGCUCACAUUCGCUCACGUUUUUCUUUUUAAAAAGGGAAUUGUAAACUCGCACCGCCUCUCUCUCUCUCUCUCUCUCUCUCUCUCUCUCUAUCUCUCUGUGCCACACACAGACUUGCUCGCACUCUACCGAACACAACGCUAUUAUAGUAAUAUUAUUUAUUUAUUUAUUUAGCUAGGGAUAUUCCCCCCCCUCUCUUUCUCUCUCACCCAUCGCCCCCCCCCCUCUCUCUCUCUCCCUCCCUCCCUCUCUCUCUCUCUCUGUUUCACUAUGCCCUUGUCCACCGUACUUCUUCUCCGGCCGUUCAGAAUGGAAUUCGCCGCAUUGCUGUGAAACAAGCGCCUAAGUAAUAAAAACAAAUCCGGCGACAAGGGGGUGGGGACGGACGGACAGACAGACAGACAGACGGACAUCCGAACAGAGUGACAGAACCGCGAGCGGGAGGGGGGGACGUAUCAAUUAUACAAGAUGAGCUCCUUCAGCAGUCGUGCGCUCAUGCUCCUCUCCUCAGUCUCCGGUGCCUGUGGGCUGCUCCUGGUUGGGAUUGCCGUCUCCACGGAUUACUGGCUGCUCAUGGAGGAGGGAAUCAUCCUGCAGCAGAACCAGACCACUGAGAUCAAGAUGGCGCUCCAUGCUGGGCUCUGGAGAGUCUGCUUUGUAGCGGGUGCUGAGAAGGGCCGCUGUGUGGCAUCGGAAUAUUUCUCUGAACCAGAGAUUGAAAUCACUACAGAGAACACAGCUAAUAUACUGAAGAUGGUCCGCACAGCCACUCCGUUCCCGAUGAUCAGUCUCUUGUUUGUCUUCACUGCCUUCGUGAUCAGCAACAUCGGGCACAUCCGCCCCCAGCGAACCAUCCUGGCCUUCGUCUCGGGAAUCUUCUUCAUACUCUCAGGCCUCUCUCUGGUAGUUGGUCUGGUUCUCUAUAUCUCCAGUAUCAAUGAUGAAGUGAUGAACCGCCCCAGUCAGCCGGAGCAGUUCUUUCACUAUCGCUACGGCUGGUCCUUCGCCUUCGCAGCCUCGUCCUUCAUGCUGAAAGAGGGGGCAGGGGUGAUGUCAGUCUACCUCUUCAUGAAGCGCUAUGCGGAGGAGGAGAUGUACAGACCUCACCCCGCUCUGUACCGGCCGCGCCUGUCCGAGUGCAGCGAUUACUCCGGUCAGUUCCUUCACCCCGAGGGGUGGCAGCGUGGCCGGAGCGCCUCGGACCUGUCGAGCGAUGUCUCCAUCCAGCUGAACCAGGCCCAGCCGCCACCGCCCCCCUCCUCCAGCUCCCAACCGGGUGGGGCCACCGGGGGCUACCUGCCCCCCGCCUCCUCCUACUCCCAUCCCCACUCCCACCCCCACCACAUCCCCCAGACCCAGCCGCCCCACUCCAUGGCCUCCAUGGCAAUGCAGACUCCCCCUUCCUCCGCCUCCCUGCACUCCACCCUCCCCCAACCCCCCAAAUACCACCCUCACAUCCGCAUGAGCGCCUCGCCCUGCUAGGCUUCCCGCCUGAAAUCCGCACUGUCAUCUGCAUCCUGUGUUGUUUGGAACUCAAGAAACGCAUGAAUGAUUUGGAAACGCUAAACCCACUUGAUUAUAACAAACUCAUAACAAACUAGAUUUUCUCAGUGUCUUCAGUGUAAAUUUAAUGAUAACACUGCGAAAGACUUCUAGUCAUUUGCCAUUGAAUUCAUUAUGUUUCUUUCAGUGUUUCUAAACUCAGCACUAUCGAGUGUUCAGUAGUUCUCUUAAUAUUUCCUCUGCUGCGAUUCAGACAACACAGGAUGCAGUUAAAGCAGUGCGUUCCUGCUCUACAACACAGCGCAUUACUGAACAAUUUAAACUAGACUUCAAACUAUAGAGUAACAACAGAGCCGAUCCCAUUUUCAGUGGCGUCUUCAAAUAAUAUAAUUGACCCGUCUCACGAUGCUAAACAGCACUCUGAAGACUGAAGCUGUUUAAAGGUGGCGCUCACAUUAAAAACCAUGCAAAGUAGGAACCUUAAAAUGAUCAGAAUUGCACAAGCGGGGCUGCAGAGGAUUCGAUACACACGGGGAAAGCAAGACAAUAGACAAGCUCUGCAGAUAUCCCUCCUAACGUAGAGAAGGAGAAGCAACUUCCAGAGGAAAUAUUACACUUCUGGCAGAAUUCUCAUCUUCCAGAUUUUAUGGGGUUAGCAUACCAAUAAAAAUCAAAUACACCUUUUAAAAUAAUGUGAAUGUUUUCCAUAUAGGGAAGUGUGAGUUCUACAAAGAUAAUAUAUAGGUAUGAUUUACUGGGGUUAUUUUGUUCAAAGUUUACAAAAAAAAAAAACGUUAGCGAAUAUUCUGACAUUUUUAAUAUUACUUUGUUUUUUUAUUACUACAUGCAGUGUUACACUAUACUUAUAUUUAUCCAAUACAAAGCCUUUUCACUACAUGCAGUUACACUAUACUUGUAUUUACCAAAUACAAAGCCUGGUCACUUUAUAGGUCCCUGCUAUAGGGUCACUGUUUGAUCUCAGCCUUGAUGUGACCUCGACUCCACAAGGUGUUGGAAGGUGUCUCUGUGGAUCCGCUCCCUCAUUAAUCCUGAGCGCACAGAGGCAGGCAGGGGGUCGUGAUGACGAGUCGUUCAGACGGUCGGGUCGAGAGCAUUGUGGUGGCCGUGGAAGAUGCCCGAAGUCUCUCUGUCGUGCUCCUCAAACCGAUCACAAUCCGGGCACGGUGCACAGGGGUGUCGAGGUUCUGUGUUGUUGGGGGUCCGCAGCGAUGCUUAGUGUUUGUUCAGCCCUCCAGAGUAAUCGAGGUAUAGCAAAAGAACAUGAACCACCCCAGGACAACACCAAACCCGAUCCGGCAGGCAGGCAGGCAGACAGGCAGGGAGGCAGACAGACAGGCAGGCAGGCAGGCAGGCAGGUCACAGAGGCCAGGCCCGUUUUAGCAGAACAAACAAAAAUAUAUUUGAAAAAAAAGUUCUCAAAAGUCUUAUAAAAGGCAGUCUAAUACAGAGGCUAUAUUAAGAAAACAAUAUAUUAAGACAUUUACAUAUACCAGAGUUUAUAUAUCAUACAGCAACACACAUGAUUCAGAGAGUCUGUCUUGAGUUUCAAUCUCCAUAGUUUUAUAUAUUAUACAGCAACACCAAACAUGAUUCAGACAGUCCCAUAUGUUUCAAUCUCCACAGUUUUAAAUAUUAUACAGCACCAAACAUAUAUUUUAUAUAUAUAUUUAUUUAUUUGUAAAUCACAAUCCAGAUUGGUUUGACAUUUUCAUGUAGAGCUGGACAGAAAAUUGGAACACCUUACACUCUAUUGACAGUGUUAUGGCAGGUGAAUCAGUCCCAUGGUGUACACUCUAUUGACAGUGUUAUGGCAGGUGAAUCAGUCCCAUGGUGUACACCCGAUUGACAGUGUUAUGGCAGGUGAAUCAGUCCCAUGGUGUACACCCGAUUGACAGUGUUAUGGCAAGUGAAUCAGUCCCAUGGUGUGCACUCUAUUGACAGUGUUAUGGCAGGUGAAUCAGUCCCAUGGUGUACACCCGAUUGACAGUGUUAUGGCAGGUGUUCAGUUGAUUUUGUAGUCCUAUUUGAGUUGCUAGAAUGCUUCGCUAGCGGUUUCAGUUAGAUUAGUAUGAAGUAGAGUAGAUGUAGAAAAAGAUCAUUUAAUACUAUGAACAAAAAUAAAAAGUUACAAAAAAAUAAACAAAAAUAAAAAAAUAAAAAACACUAAUUUAAUAUUGUAAAUAAUAUUAAUAAAUACUGUUAAUAAAGAUAAGAAUAAUUUAAAUAAUAAAGUAAUUAUUGAUAGCUGUAUAUUAAGAUAUCAAGAUAUAUAUUAAAGAGGCACACUGACUGGCAAGUUAUAUAGAAACACUGAUAUGCAAACACACACACACAGACAGAUACACACUGAAAUACAUAGACACACACACACAGACAGAUACACACUGAAAUACAUAGACACACACACACAGACACACAGACAGAUACACACUGAAAUACAUAGACACACACACACACACAGAUACACACUGAAAUACACAGACACACACACACACAGACAGAUACACACUGAAAUACAUAGACACACACACACAGACAGAUACACACUGAAAUACAUAGACACACACACACACACACACAGACAGAUACACACUGAAAUACAUAGACACACACACACACACACAGAUACACACUGAAAUACAUAGACACACACACACAGACAGAUACACACUGAAAUACAUAGACACACACACACACACACAGAUACACACUGAAAUACACAGACACACACACACACAGACAGAUACACACUGAAAUACAUAGACACACACACACACAGACAGAUACACACUGAAAUACAUAGACACACACACACACACAGACAGAUACACACUGAAAUACACAGACACACACACAGACAGAUACACACUGAAAUACAGACACACACACACACAGACAGAUACACACUGAAAUACAGACACACACACAGAUACACACUGAAAUACAGACACACGCACACACAGAUACACAUUGAAAUACAGACACACACACAGAUACACACUGAAAUA